UGAACCAGUAGGACGCGUGCCACCGUGAUGAGCGCUCGGAAAAAAUAAACUGUCAACUUCAAAAUGAAUUUCGGCGCGAAUUGUGACAAUGACAGUUAUGGUUUAAAAAACGAUGGGUGCUGUGAUGGUGUUAAGAGUGAAAGGCCGGAAGAGGAACAUGUUCAGCAUGUUUUGGGGCCAAGUCGCAGGUGUUUGGCUUGGGCCUGUAAGGCCUGUAAACGGAAAACAGCAGCGGGAGAUCGGCGGAAGGCGGCAACUUUACGAGAACGAAGGAGGUUACGAAAAGUGAACGCAGCCUUUGAAGAGCUGAGAAUACGCGCCCGAGCCGGAAGUGGAAGACUGCCCAAGCUGGAGAUACUACGAGCUGCGAUACAGCACAUCGAGAGGUUACAAGCUGCUCUCAGAGCUGCAGCAGUUUUGGAUAAAGAGAGCAGUAAAAAGUACAUUGAUGUGACACAGAGCAGAAGUAAUGAGAUACGAGACGGAAGAUCGGAGAAGGAGAAAAAAUUUAUGAGCGCUGAUCCGUCGUGCGGCUUGAACAGCUUAGCUCGCCUGCGGUGUAUAGUACAAGCUAUAGCUAAGGAUAACUGACUAAGGGCCCUUGUACACUGAAUGGAACGCACGCGCGUUAUUAGUGAACCUAAAGACACUGAAUUGUUAACAGUAUGUUUUAACAGCAUUUGUUACCCAGGACAUAAAAACACAAAUACAACCAUAGAAAUUUGAAUGAGAAGGUACCAGAAACGAUAAACCAUCAGCUUAAGUAGUGAUUUAGUAUUAAUAGGAACGUCUGACGUGAAAUUAUCAGUUAUUUAUCUAUUAAUUAAUUAAUUACAACAAAAUGUAUAUAGUAUUUUCUUUGAUUAAGGCGAGUUUUACACAUUUAAAUAAAACACUUAUUUAAUUUUUAAUUUGGUUUACUGGUUUUUUGGCAAACGUGAUCUGGAAAUGUCUUGAAACGUCGGUUUAGCUAAAAUAAAAUAAAAAAACUUUUACGCAAAAUCUCAUGUAAAAACACAGUUACAAUUACACGCGUAACAUAACUUAAAUAUUAUACUUUAACCUUUGAAAAAAGUGUUUUAUUUAAACAAAAAAUAUAUAUGAUGAUCAAUCAAUCAAUCAAUCGAUCAAUAAAUAAUACGAUUUAGGAUUGGAAACUGUAGCACACUAGAUUUUCUUUUGCCUCUGUUCGAUUGAUUGAGUCUCUUGUUUUAUCAAUCCCACUACCUUCACGGCCAGGAUGAUGUAUUAACUAGAUGUGCCCAAAAGUGACAACAAUCCUACAACCUGAACUUAUCCAAAUGUUGUGAGCUUUUUUAGUGUUAAUUCCGCUAAGAUUUGUCUUUUAAUCAAUGUGACAAGUGUUUCGCCGCUACACGAGGCAUCCCCACGAGAUGUUGACUCGCCAAAUUCUGGCGCGAGACUGUAAUUCUCUCAACAACAUUUGGAUAGUUACGGAUUUCCGCAAAAAUAACGCUUACUUCAAUAAAAAUUAACUUGAACUUAUUAAAAGUAGUAUAACACAUUGGACAAGCUUACCUCUUGUUCCUAAAAUGAUAACGUGAACCUACUACUUACUGAUUUAGUUAAAUAAUAUUCUGAUUUUGGUAAUAAUUAACAUUUUUACAUAUUGUUUCUAAUGUGGUGGAAUUUUUCAUUAUAAUAUAAUAAUAUUUUUUACUAAAAAUCGAACUUACGUAUGAACGGUAAUGUUUUAUAAUGUAAAUCAUAAAAUUUAACUGAACGGAAGUUGGGUACGGCUUCUGAGGCCUAAUAUACCAUAACAAUCACCCUGUUUCUUAGAUUGAGUUAUAAGCAACUACCAAAUACCAGUAAAAUGACAGUCAAUGAUGCAAUAUUGACAAAUAAAUUGCGAUUACAACCAUCAUGGUGGCGAUCAAAAUAACGAAACAGAAACUCUAUUUAUUAUUUCUUACAACUUUUAUAUGUUGUGAUCUCGUUCAUGCGCCAUAUUAUUAUUAUUUCCUUGUCACAUCCAGGUACAUACUUUAUCCUUGUUUAAUGAUGACGAUUUCAAAAAGUGUGAAGUUACCAAAACUAGACAGUGUAAAAAUGUAGUUAUUAUUAGAUUUAAAAUGAAGGUAGCGAAACAUCACGUAGAAUUUAAAUUGUUAUUAUUUUUAUAGUUGAAUAAUUAUUAUGUAUUUGGUAUUCAAUAAAGGACAAUGCCGGAAAAUGGGCUAUAUUGCUCACUAUCAUGCGUAAAAUUGUCUCUUAAAUUAUAAUUUCGCAUAUAUUUAUUAUAAAUCAGAUGCGAACAGGGGUUUAAAAGUUAUAUUAAAAGAAAGUAAUUUAUCGUUUCGAAACGAGUGAAAAACCCAGUGAUUUCCUGGAUUAACUUAUUUUUCUGGUCGGUGAUUUGUGUUUUCUUGCAUAGUUUAACGUCUAGUCCAGCAAUCCUACACUAAAACUGACAACAAGCUUGUAGUAAAUUGAAAUUGAAAAAAUCAGAUAACUACAUAUUCCCUGUUUAUAUCUCAGUGAUUUUUGUUUUACAUAAUCUUGAGAAUAUUUCUAAUGUUCUACCGAUGAUUUGGUUAAGACGCAAGAAUAGCCCAAUUUUCAUACAAGGAUUGUCCUUUGAUAUUAUUGGCUCAGUUACGUAGACAAACAUUAUUUAUGGAAAUUAUAUUUUUGCAAACAGCUUGAAGAACCUAAUUUGGUACUUCUGUGACAGAGCGAGGUUUUUUGCCGUUCCUAGUAUUAUUUCAAUUAUCUAACGAUUGUUUAAGCAUUAUUAAUUGGACGUGGUUCCUGAAAAACGUUUCAAGCCACAAACAUCACAUUUUAAGGAAUUUGUGUUUAAAGCUUAAUAUAUGCUAGUGUAAUCCACACAUGUGGGUUGGGCUACUAAGUCAUGAUGUCAUUUAAAGAGUAACAGUAGGGCUGCCAUUUUUUGUCAGUCCGUCAAUUUGAAUCACGUGACCAGUCAAAACUGGAAGAACACAAAUGUUCUUAUCUCAAUUUCGACAAUAUUGUAGUUUGGAACGUUUUUCUGGAAUUGCGUCUAAUUGUGAAAAUAAAUUAAUAAAUUAAAGUUAACAUUAAUUACAAAUUAUGACAAUUUAAACCCCUUCCACUGAAAUAUAGAAACAAAUAUUUUUUUAACAUUAAAUUUUAUGCUAAGGCCAGUGAGACAAGAAAAAGAAUGUAAACAAAUGGACAAAUCUCUGUCCCUAUCUUAUAUUAUUGCUUGGAGGUCCCUAUCACUCGCACGCAGUAAUGCCGUCAUAUGGUCGACGAUAGCUGUCGUUGCGUGUUUCGUGGUACAGGAUAUUGAUAGGUUAUUGACAUACGAUAAUAGAAACAUCACUGUUUCUUCUGCAUAUCAACAUCGCUAUGCAGACGACAGUACUCGUGAUGACGUAUACACGAGCCAUGCAGGUCUCUCUGGGGAAAUCGUCGACUAGUGCCAAGAGAAACUUGUGUCUUUUGUUUUAUAAUGAAAAUAAGGGAUGAUACGAGCAGGACGUUCAACUGAUGGUAAAUGACACGCCCUGCCCAUUACACGCAAUACAGUGCCGCUCAGGAAUCUUGAAAAACCCAAAACUCUGAGCCGCACUACAAUUGCGCUCGUCACCCUGAGAAAUAAGAUGUGAAAUCUCAUUUGCCCAGUAAUAUCAGUAGCUACGGCGCCCUUCAGACCACAUUAAUGCUUCACGACAGAAAUAGACGCCGUUGUGGUACCCAUAAUCUAGCCGGCAUCCUGUGCAAAAGAGCUGUUAUUGUAAGAAAGUAGUUGUUGAUUUAUUAUGGAAUCACUGACUGGCAGCUCUAAACAAUAUUCAAAGAUUUCGAUGAAAAUGUUUUGAACCCCUGAAACUUUGUUAACAUUAUUUACCUCGUUUUGUUGGCCUUACUACACACAUACGAGGCUGUAGACAGAAAUAAUAACAACAGUAGUCCAGUGUUCAGUUCUUGGUUUGUAUUCUGUUAGGUGCUUGAAACAUUUGUAUAAUAGAAAACUUUUUACAAUGAAAGUACAGACUUGAAUCAGACAAUAAGUACAAUAAGAGAUAGUAUGUAUGUAUAGUAAAGAACAUUAUGUAAAAGUAUCCGAUACUCGUAUGAUACAUAAACAUAUUUAAUUAUUAUUUAGUUAAUUUAUUGCUCAGUUUGUAAAUAUUAAGAAUAAAUUAUUUUAAAUUUUAAA